AUGGGCGACCAAGUUCGUAUUACGGUGAUCGACGGCCCGCCACCUGGCCUCCAGGAGAGCCAGGGCGAGGCUGGGGUUGCAAGCGGGCGGGCGUUGCUGGUUGACCGCGACGGGAGCUGGUCGUCGGUGGUGGUGGCCGUCCUCGCCCGGCUGGGCCACCCGACUGCACCGGAGCAUGUCGAAGCGACCCGACUGUACACGCCGCAGGGAGGCGAGUGCGAUCAUCCUGCCCUCAUCCGCCUCGACGAUGUGCUGUAUGUCGUCGAUCCGCUGCUCGACCCGCCUCCGACCUCGGCCAUCGUCUCGCCGCCGGCCUCACCCGCUCGGUCAUCGCCACCCGAUUCGACACCGACAGCCACGCCGCGCUCGCCCAUCCGCCCGCUUCCUCCGUCCGAGAACAAGCCGGAUGCGUCGUCGCCAAGGAAGCGCGUCACUCCGCGCUCGCCCAAGCCACGCUCGCCCAAGCCGCCACCGUCAGGACUCUCGUCGCCGUCACUGUUGUCGACGCCGCAGCGGACGCCGCGGAUCCCGCCGAGCGCACAGAUUGCCAACCGCGGUCACUUUUCGGCGGCAAGUGAGGGUGGCGGGACGAGCAGCCGAAAGCAGCGCCGCCAGAGCCAGCGCCGCAGCAUCCGCACCGCAAGCAGGGUUGGCGAACGGGUUAUCUCGCACUGGACCGCACACUUGGUAUGUGAUCCCUUUUGCGAGGCUGUCCUCACCACGGCGCUUGGCGACCGGCGUGGCUGCUAUGGCUCGUUUCUCUCUACCGUCGAUGUGGCGUCCGUGCCGAACAAGCCGACGCUGCGGAUCCGAUUCAAGUCGUCGCCCAGCGCCCACGGCUCGGCUGGCCUCUACAUCCGGACGCUGCUCAAGAAGGAGGCACUGCCGGCAGUGGCGUCGUCGUCGUCGGUGACUACCCAGUUCAAGCGGGCCAAUCUCUCGGCAGCCUCGUCGUCGGGCCUCAACGCGACAGCCCAUCUCGAUGCUGGUCUCGCCUCGCUCGCUCAGGCCCGCUCGCCGUCGUCGCCGCACAUGCCACUAGACGCGGCGUCGCAGCGCAAAGCCGACCACACCGUUCGCGCCCUGGUUCGGCGGGCCAACACUGCGCUUGUCCAUCUCUCGGGGACCCACCGGGGCUUUGUUCUCUUCCGUGGCCGAAUUCAGACACCCGAGUGGGAGGUGUGGAACGCACCGAUCUACUUUCACGGCAACUUUCUCGCUGUUGAGCACAAGUAUCGCGUCCCGCACACUCUCGCGCCGACGCCGCCGACUGCUGGAAACUCCCACGAGAAUGGCAGCGGAAGCAACCGGAUUGUCCGCUCGCGGCGGGCCGUCCGCCCGUCGCGUAUGUCGCUCCUCCGCUCGUCAGUCGCCACCUCGUCGCAGCCGUCGGAUGCUCCCGCCAACCCGCUCUCCAUCCUCCGCAACGAGCUUCUUGCGGCGUCGCGGUACGGAGCGCACGCACGGACCGCCGAGUAUGCACCCACCGUGCCCGAUCGGCUGCUUGCCAAGCCAGCGCAGGGCCUGGCGCCACCUACCGUGGCCGAGAGCACGCUGCUGCAAGGCGAACCAGUCGCCGCCAGCAACGAGAACGUGUCGAGCAAUGCUGGCGUGCACUACACAACGAUGACCAAGCACAAGUCGCUCCGCGAGUCGGGAGCGAAAGACGUGGUGCUCUCAGCGAGCCAGGCCGAGGACGUGACGUUGAUGUACGACCCAUCGCCGCACCGGGUGACCCAAAUCCGAGUCCGUGCCGGACGCAAGCUCGUGAUCAAGACAGCGACGCUACGGCCGAUGACGUACGCGUUCCAAGAUCACGAGCACACGGUGGCAACGUCGGUGUACGUGGCCGAGGACGUGUUGCACUUGUCGGGCGAGCACGCGUUUGGCCCACAUGGCACAGACGCUGAAGGCGACGAUUCGCCGUGGAGGCUCCUCUGCCACCAUGUGUGGCACGAUCCACAGCGCGAGCGCGCUGGGCGGGGUAUCCCGAUUCCCGGAACAGGCAAGCCGAAGCGGAGGAAAAAGAGGAGGAGGCCGACGCCGACGUACGCGCUCGCCAAGGACGCAACGUCGCGGCUGGCGCGCCGGCGUAAGCGCAACAAGAACAUGAGCCGCAAGGCGCGGGCUCCAGUGUACGAGACCGGAACCGUGCGCCUGUCAGGCGACGGGACCAAGACAAUGACGCUCAACCUGACGCUCCCGGGUCCGCACACGUACACCUUUUACUGCUGCUCGGGCUCGCUCGUCCUCCAUGGCGCGCUGGUCCGGCUCUCGGUGGCAGAGCAGAAGCGGCUGGCCAUUGAGGAUCUCCACGCCAAGGGCAUGCACCAGGUGCUCUCGCUCUCGCGUGCGGUCGGCGAGCACCUUGCGCUGUAUGGAUACCAGGCUUCACCAGAGCUGCAACCGGAGAUUGUCGACGCGCUGACUGAUGGCACGUCGGCCAAGCUCGGCCUCUCCCCACGUCCGCCGGCGGGUGCCGGCGCCAAUGCGCACAUGCCGUGGCGCCACCAUCCGCAUCCUGCCGCCACUGGAGAUGCUCGCCCCGGCGCUGCCGGAGCACAUGAUGGGUUAACCCUUAGCGUGAACAACUCGAUCAUGCUUGACUUCCAGGUCACCGGCUGA